AUAUUUGCUUUAUCGAGCUUGUUCACCUGUUUACGCAAUACUUAGAGCUCGGGGGUUAACUCUGCUUCGGUAUUGGGAAAAUCCGGCUGCAGAAAGCGUGGCUGUAUGAUAAGAUGAGGUUAUAAAUUCCCGCGACUCGGUGAAAUUGGCCUGCUAAUACAGUUAUUUAGAUCCCAUAUCGUAGCUUGUCACACACAACAACUGUAUUAGAUUGUUAGAACUUAGAUUAUUACCGGAGAACUCUAGACGUUUAUACAUUGGAAGUUAGGUAAUCUAUUGUAAUGGGCACUACUUUCGGUUUACUUAGCACUCCUCAGUUCGAAGUGCACGUGGUAACCGGUGACCGUCGUGGAGCUGGAACAGAUGCCAACGUGUGGCUUGUAAUUCACGAUGAUCACGGCCGGAAAUCUCCUUCGGUCAAGCUAAACAAGUGGUGGAGAAACGAUCAUGAACGAGAUACCACGAGCGUUUACGAGGUGUCUGUCUCUGAAGGUUUCGGUCCGGUCACUAAGGUCGAGUUCUGGCGAGAUUCUGUCGGUUUUGGAGAUGCUUGGUUUGUAGAUAGAUUCGAGGUGCAUCACUUAUCAACAAAAAAAGUAUAUUACUUCCCCGUGCACCGCUGGGUGGCUGCUAAUGUCCACUACUUCAUCUAUGAAUACGACUGCUCACUACCGGAAGAUGACCACAACAAACAACAACGCCAGGCCGAACUUCGCCGAAUCAGGGAGGAGUAUCAAAUUAAGGUUCACGUGCCAGGUGGGCCAGCACAGAGCUGGAAACUGCCACACGACGAGAAAUUCAAGGGAGACUACAAGUGGGACAUUAUCAAGACUAAAGGUAGUCUUCUUCUGACGACUAGCCUCAUCAACCUAGCUAGUAAAGACAAAUGGGAGUCUUUGGAAGAUUUGAAAACUGUGUAUAAAUUUAGCCUCGAGGAACCAAAGUGUGUCCAGUACUGGACAGAUGACAAAUGGUUUGGUCUCCAGAGAGUCCAAGGAGCUAAUCCCGUACUUAUCACUCUCUGCACAGAAAUCCCGUCAAAGUUUGGUGUAGAGCCUGAAAUGGUGAAACCAUUCUUGGAAGGGCUGACGUUAGAAAAGGCGCUCUUACAAAAACGGCUAUUUAUUGUUGACCUCAAGAUACUCAAAGAUGUUGCCUGCAAAGAUGCCCGCAUGUUGACAGCUCCUAUUGCUCUCUUCUUCCUCAAUGACAGAAAAGAACUGAUGCCUAUUGCAAUUCAACUUUUUCAAGACAAGGGUCCAGAUAAUCCGGUUUUUUUACCAAGUGAUCCUGAAUAUACUUGGUUGUUGGCCAAAAUCUUUUACAACAAUGCUGAUGCCACGUACCACCAAUCAUGCACACACCUCGGUUUUACCCACUUGUUGAUGGAAGGAGUUGUGGUGUGUACCCACAGAAAUCUGUCUCCAUCUCAUCCACUCUUUAAACUCAUGGCUCCACAUUUCUUGUACCUUCUGGCUAUCAAUGCGCGAGGGCUAGAAAAGCUGAUAUCUGAAAAUGGCUGGGUCGACACGACCAUGACUGUCGGUAGAUGCGGAAUGUUUCAACUCAUCAAAAGGGGUUUGAAGCAGUGGCACGUGGAUGUGAAUGGUAUUAUACCUAAUGACUUCAGGGCUAGAAACGUUGACGAUCCUGCCAUUCUUCCAAACUACCCUUAUAGGGACGAUUCUACCGCUAUUUAUAAAGCAGUCCGUAACUACGUCACCAGAGUUCUCCAGUUUUACUAUGACAAACCGGAGAAAGUUAUCAAUGAUGUGGAACUCCAGAAUUGGCGAGAAGAACUAGUUCUGAGUAGGAAUGAAGGUGGAAUUGGCUUGGUGGGUGUACCAGGAGAAAAUGAAAAAUUCACCAUGGUGGAGCAGGUUAUUGAUAUGGUGACUGUUAUAAUUGCAAUCUGUAGUAUUGGUCAUGCUGCCGCUAACUUUCUGCAAUAUGAGGAAUAUGGUUUUCCACCAAACUACCCUGGAAUUGUAUAUUCAGAAGUUCCAAAAGACAAGGGGCCACACACACUCGAAGAUGUACUGAAAACGUUACCUGACAAAGAAACGUCACUCGACAUAAUGGUGAUAACAAAACUUCUGAGUCGUCUAGGAACCAAGCCACUGGGAGAUUUUGAAGUAAAAUACCUGUAUCAUCCAGUUUGUUUGAAAGCAGCUGAAAAGUUUUGUGCAGAGCUCAAAGACAUCAGUACAAGAAUUCAAGUUCGUAAUGAAAGUGCAGAAUUUCCAUACCCCUGGCUGGAUCCUAAGAUUGUUCCAAAUUCUAUUAGCAUCUAAAAGGCAGCAAAAUGUGUUUUAAUUACUACAUAGCAUAUAUAAUGUAUAGUGAUUUUUUAUAUGUUUUUAAUUUCACAUUAAAGCAAGUAUUUUUUACGAAA